GCCAAUGUAUCGCAUCCUUGUCGACCGCUAGCUCCUCAAAAGCACCUCGAGCAUGGAGCAACGAGCCAGUAUUCCCCCUGGCCUGCGGCCUCCACAUUCUGCUGCUCGUCUUCAAGCGUUUUCGAUUUUGCUCUGCUCGUAGCUUGCUUCGCAUUCCUCCCAUCGGACACUCUGCUGUGCACAUCAUCUAGAUUUUUGUCUCGGUGCGUUCUCAUCCUAUUGUCUAAUUGUCAAGGCUAAAGCAUCGGCCCAGUCUAUCCAUAUAUUCCACAGAACAUGCAAUCGCAUUCUGAUACCAUUGCCACCAUGUCGGCGCAGCAGGCGUACCCGUUCCUGUCCCAGCCACCUCACGGACAGGAUAUAUAUGCGCCCCGCGAUGCUGUAUCAGCACCGCACGUACGCCGCCGCUCACUCGCAGCCAUCAGCAACUGGGCCUCAAGCGUUCAGCCCGGUGCGCCUCCCCCACUCUCCCCCACAAAGACCAAGUUCGCGGAGUCUUCGCGUGCACCAGAAAUCCGCUCCAGCCGCCGUCACUCUGUGAAGCCAGCACCACCUCCGCCCAUGGAGUACAUUCCGGACUCUCCAAGCAGCAGCGAUCAGUCCAUCUCUCCCGCGACGAAACAGGAGUUCAAGGCGGAGCUCCGUCCCGCAGAGUAUGCUCCUGUCUACGUCCAGCUUCCCAACACUCCUCCCGCAGACCAGCCUUCUGGUUCUCGUAAGGGCUUACGCUUCCGUAGUCUCUCUAUUAAGCCUACUUCCCGCUCGAAGUCUUCCACAGACUCCGCUCCUCCGCCGCCGCCCAAGGAGAAGAAGGAGAAGAAGUCGAAGCACCGCGACGAGGGUCAGCCAAUGCAGCUCGCCACGGACCUCGCGCUCGCGCAGCUGCUCGGCGGCGGCACGAUCGAGCAUCACAUUAAGCAGGCGGCGGAGAAGGAGGCGAAGCGCGCGGGCGCGAAGAAGGUGAACGGGCAGUACGUCGGCGUCAGCGACGUGUACCGUGACGCCGAGGGCCGCGUCUGGCGCGAUCGCGACGAGGCGUGGGAGUACCAUGCGCUUGUCGAGCGCAACACGCGCCGCGCAGAGGAGGAGGACGAGGUGUGGGGCCACCGCGAACGCCGUGGACGCACGCACGCAGACUUCGGCGGCGACGCCUCGCCGACAUCUUCCCUCGAGAACUACGACGCACCUGUACACCACGGCAAGACCAGGCGGCGCCCAGAGCCACUGGACCUUACCCCCUCGAGGCCAUCUACAUCUUUGCGCAGGCAUUACGUCGAGGACGCUCGGCGAGAGUUCCUCGAGUCUUCCUUUGUUCCUCCUACCGCGCCCACAGAAAACAAGCGUUCCGGCUUGCUCAGCAUGUUCAAAAGUUCGUCUUCGAAGAAGGGUAGUCAAUGAUGGACUUUCUUAUAUCACAUUCGGUACUAUAUGGCUUUCUUAAUUUCAUCUUCCCAUGUAGCACCAGUGUACUGCUUUCAUGUAUCAUGUUCGGGCAUUCAUGACCUUGUAACGACUAGUGCUGUGCACAUUCUCAUUGAUACUGAUCACUUGAGCCCCCGAAAUUUAUUGAUCGAGCGUGCAGAUCCAUGACGGACAUGGAACAUCUUCCGGGAAGACGGCGAAGAGCGG